GUCAACAGUCACUCGUUCUGUCCCCUUCCUGCCCUGCUCACUUGGCGACUUCUACAAAGCUCUUUCUCACUUGACUCUCCUCGUUACAUCCGCCCCUUUCCCUAUCUUUAAUAAAACCCCUUCCUUCCUCAUUAACCAAUCCCCAAACCCUCCUUCCCUCCCUGUCAUCACCUGACCACAUUUUCCCGGUAACCAUGUCUCGGUCAUUACACAUCUUCACUCCCUCUAAUCUCACUUUCCCCAAACAACCUUACCCCAAACCCUCCAGCAAUCGCCGGUUCCCGGCCACCACCUUCUCUCCGAAACUCAUCUCAAUCAAAGCCUCCACGUCAUCAGAUCCCAACUCCAGCACGUCUCCGCAAGUCCUAAUCUCCAACAACGGAACCGGAGCAAGCGGGAUAUUAUCCUCUACACCGCAGGACUAUGAUACACCGCCGUCGCAAUCAAUUAUCUCCGACUCGAGCUCGAUCGAGGUAGAUGCGGUGACGGAGGUGGAAUUGAAGGAGAACGGGUUCAGGAGCACGAGGAGGACAAAACUUGUGUGCACGAUCGGGCCAGCGACGUGUGGAUUUGAAGAACUGGAAGCGCUGGCUGUUGGAGGAAUGAAUGUUGCACGAAUUAACAUGUGUCAUGGGACGCGUGAGUGGCAUAGGAGAGUGAUUGAGAGAGUGAGGAGAUUGAAUGAAGAGAAAGGUUUUGCUGUUGCUAUUAUGAUGGAUACUGAAGGUAGUGAGAUUCAUAUGGGUGAUCUCGGUGGUGCAUCCUCUGCUAAAGCUGAGGAUGGUGAAAUUUGGACUUUUAGUGUGCGAGCAUUUGAUUCGCAUCGACCAGAACGCACUGUCAAUGUGAAUUAUGAUGGUUUUGCUGAGGAUGUGAAAGUUGGGGAUGAACUCCUUGUUGAUGGUGGAAUGGUGAGGUUUGAGGUGAUGGAGAAAAUUGGUCCAGAUGUCAAGUGUAGGUGUACUGAUCCUGGACUGAUGCUACCACGAGCUAAUGUGACUUUCUGGAGGGACGGAAGUCUAGUACGAGAACGCAAUGCUAUGCUCCCCACAAUUUCCUCGAAGGAUUGGUUGGAUAUUGAUUUUGGGAUUUCAGAGGGCGUUGACUUCAUUGCAAUAUCCUUUGUCAAGUCUGCUGAAGUGAUUACUCAUCUUAAAAGCUACAUAGCUGCACGGUCUCGUGAUAGUGAUAUAGCUGUCAUUGCAAAGAUAGAGAGUAUUGACUCAUUAAAGAACUUGGAGGAGAUCAUUCAAGCAUCAGAUGGAGCAAUGGUAGCCAGAGGAGAUCUAGGUGCUCAGAUACCAUUAGAACAGGUCCCAUCGGCCCAGCAAAAUAUUGUUCAAAUUUGUAGGCAGCUAAAUAAGCCAGUCAUUGUCGCUUCUCAGCUGCUUGAAUCUAUGAUUGAAUACCCCACACCUACCAGGGCUGAGGUAGCUGAUGUUUCUGAAGCAGUUAGGCAAAGGGCAGAUGCUUUGAUGCUAUCUGGUGAGUCAGCCAUGGGCCAAUACCCAGAAAAGGCAUUGGCUGUUCUGAGGAGUGUCAGUGUGAGAAUUGAGAAGUGGUGGAGAGAAGAGAAAUGCCAUGAAGCUAUGGAACUCCCUGUUGUAGGAUCCUCAUUUUCUGACAGUAUUUCUGAAGAGAUUUGCAUUUCUGCUGCCAAGAUGGCUAACAAUUUGGGAGUAGAUGCACUUUUUGUCUACACAAAGACAGGCCACAUGGCUUCUCUCUUGUCACGCUGCAGACCUGAUUGCCCAAUCUUUGCUUUCACAAGCACAACAUCUGUAAGGAGACGCCUGAAUCUACAGUGGGGCCUGAUACCUUUCCGCCUGAGUUUCUCUGAUGAUAUGGAAGGCAACCUUAAUAAAACCUUCUCAUUGCUCAAGGCUAGGGGAAUGAUCAAAUCAGGUGACCUUGUCAUUGCUGUCUCGGACAUAUUACAGUCCAUCCAAGUUCUGACUGUCCCUUAGAUUUUAGGUUAGAUUGCAAUCGCCACCUCAGCCCUUCUUCUAGGUUGGGUUAUCUAGUAAUUUCUAUGUCUAUUGUUAGUGGUUCAGCAAUUUGGUUGCUGCUAGAAAAUUCUAAUUGCUAUAAAGGAAUCUGAGGGUAGUCAUCAAAUCAUCCCUGCUUUCACUGGCUUUGUGCCUGAUUCAAGGACACAUCCACCCAUUCAGCAAUAAGGUUUGGCGGAUCACUCCAUGCUAGCAGCUUUGAUUUUUUUGGCAGGUGAUCACAAUUUUACCCAGUGACUUUGUUUUGACAUGUUUCUAAGUGUACCAAUGGAAGCAGAGCUAUAUUUUCUCAUAUAUUGUUGUGUGGUUUUAUAUAACCAGUGUAGUCCAGAUUGCUUAUGUUGUUUUUUCAGCUUGACUCUUAGUUCCGAUAAAUGCUUAGAUAGAGAAAACAAGGUCAACAGAAGUUGUUACCAGAUUUGUUUAUGCUAUCCAGUUAUUGCUUUGUAUCUGUUCA